CUGGGCCCCAUUAGGGAAUGUCUGGAUGAUGCAGAAUCCCCGGUCUCCGAUCCAGCGGCCUGAAGUCGAUCAGCCAGCCGCUAAGCGCACCAAACGGCCGCGUGCGACUCAAGCUUGUGACAGGUGCAGGCUGAAGAAGUAUAAGUGCAAUGAGCGAUAUCCAUGUUUACACUGUAAAAAAAGCGGCCUGGAUUGCGUAUAUCAGGGAACUUACCGAGAGCGUGAAAGUAACCGGUCUGCAAAUUAUGUCGCCGAACUCGAGAGGAAGGUGGAAGAGCUGACCUUGAAGCUUCGUGCUACGGAGGCCAAAACCUCCCCUGGAGGUCCCAUCCCACCAGCAGCUGAAACGCUAUGCUCUAUGCGCAAUGCUUCUAUGCCACGGGAGGUUUCAAAGAUAUCCGAGACCCGCGAAGGAUCUGUAGAAAUUGCAGACGACGUGAUUAAAGAAUCCAACCACACCAACGGCAUUGAAUUCCACGGUAGUACGUCCUUGGCUGCAAUCAUUGGUCAUUUGAAGAAAGAGCGUGAGCCAAAAGGCCAAGAAGAGCCCUGUUCUCGCGCAGCUGAUUACUCGAUCAUCCCAACGCCCCCUAACCCAAGCUUCUCUCCUACAUGCACCGCUGAACCGGGGCAGACCUUGUCGGUUGAACAGUCAAAUUACUAUUUCGACCAGGCUCAUAUCUUUAUGAAUGGAUAUUUUGAGGGCAUUCACUUCGUCCAUCCGUUUGUUGAUAAGGAGGACUUUUUCGCGCGUGCUAAUGAUCUUUGGUUUAACCGAUCACACACGCCUGAACCGAGUUUUGUCGCUUUGUACCUCAGUGUUCUCUCGCUUGGGGCUUUGGUGCGUGUAUGGGAUGAAGGUACGCUAGCUGGCUUGGGUCGGUUUGAAUGGAGCCGAAAGCUAUUUGCGGAAGCGCAGGUAUACCUGAACCACCUGCGGUUUUCAAACGAUCUUGAAACUGUUCAGUGUCUUUAUAUGAUGGCUAAAGUUUGUCAAAAUGAACUGAAUCCGAAUUUGGCCUACAUGUAUCUUGGCCUCGCAGUACGGACAUGUCUUUCUGCUGGCUUUAAUCGAGAGAUUUCAUGUCCAGGAGACUCCACGCAGCGUUCUGGCUGGAUCUCAAAGACUUGGUGGGGUCUCUUCUCUUUAGAAAUUGAGAUGAGCUUUUCGAUUGGACGACCGGACACCCUUGGAAUGGAUGAAUAUCACAACCGCAGCAUUCCACCACGCGAUGAUUCUGAAUUUGCCAUCAUCCCAUGGAUGAUUGACUUUGCGCAGAUCAUUCGACAAGUAUCUGUCCAGAUCUACCACUCUCGCAUCUCAUUACAGGACAAGUUACAACUUGCUCUGCAGAUUGAAAUGGAAAUGGAUCGCUGGCUAGCGAGGCUUCCCGAGAUGAUCAAACCCGAUAUUGGUGGAUAUAGACCGUCUAGUAGUGCCCUGCGCGACCCGAGGUGGGCACGAAGACAACGGCUUGUGUUGGGAAUUAGGUACUAUAAUGUCAAAAUGUUGCUCUUCCGGCCUUUCUUAAGCCACUUUUCGCGCAAACUCCGACAUUCUCCAAAUGAAUUGGACCAAACUUUUGACAAGUGUUUGGACUCGGCGAUGAAAACUCUCCAAGUGGUUCAUGACCUUUACCGAGUGCACACAUUUUUCCGCUGCUGGUGGUAUAACACAACCUACGUAAUGUUCGCUACGUCGACACUCCUCCUUCCAAUGUCUAAACUCGGCAUGUGCGCUGAAACUAUGCCUUUAUUGCGAUCUGUGGAAAUGGGCGUGGAGAUCUUGGAAGCCAUGGAUGAGUCUGUAAUAGCCCGAAAGUCGGUUGAAAUCAUCAGGCAGUACAUCAGGGACUUCCGAGCAUCUGGAGCCUCGCAGCAACCUGGGGAGGAUGAAGCUCCCCCUUCCGAGGCGGGACAAGCAUUUGAAAUACCUGAAUGGGCUUAUGGUUUCGGCUUACCAGAUUAUUCUUUCGAGGGAAUUGCUCGGCUAUUUGACGAUAUUGGAGAGCUCCCGAUGCUGGAUGAAUGAUAUUAUAUACCCGGAGAUUUCUAU